AUGUGGUCAAUAAAAGCCGCUUUUUGUACUCUUUGUUUUCUAGUUAUAAAUUUGGAAUGUGAGGCCAAAACUUAUUAUUUCAGUUUAAAUAAAACUAGCAACGAAUAUGUAAUUCGCAGUCGUUUGAAUGCCUACAAUGCUACUCAUGGAUAUCAGUCAGGAAUUCAGUUGAGUGAAUUACGAAAUAAUGUUUCGAGAAAAAAGGCUUUAACGGAAAUUCUGACUCAUCCACUUUUGGACCCAGAGUGGGACUACAACUGGAAAAACGUCACUAGACCAAAACUACCCACUUACAUCAGUAAAUAUUAUGAAAUGUUUUCAAAAAACGUAACAAGUCCGAUACGGUUCCUUUUCAAUACUAAACCGCAAAAUUCAAGUAUCAUUAAAUAUAACAUCAGCAAUGUAGACAUAACUGAAAAUAUUUCUGAAGUGGAAUUACAUUUUUUCCACAAAGUUGAGAAAAACCUGUUGCAGAAGUCUUUAAUACUACGACUUUAUCAACUGGAAAACGAGUAUAUCAACGAAACCACUUUGGUUAAUCCAGACGCGCACAAACUAUUAAACGUGAUUUACAUUUAUCAAGCAGAAAGCGGAUGGCAGAUAUUUAAAUUAACGAAUGCUCUCGUCAACUGGUUUAAAAACAAAACAGAUCUUUCGUUAUUUAUUACAAUUUCUAAACCAAAUGAGGAGCAGUUUAGUAUUUUUAAGGAAACUAGUAAAGACAUUUUGAGAACGUUUUUGAUUUUAAAAUCAGAAUCAUCAAAUAACGGAUUCUUCCGACAUAAUGAAAGCGACUUACACAGCAGCCUGUGUCGAAGACAUGACUUACACAUCGAAUUUGAAAAAUUAAAUUGGAUGAAAUUUAUAAUAGCUCCUUCACGUUAUAAUGCUCGUAAUUGUUAUGGUACGUGUUAUAGAAAUGACGACAAUUUACCCAACCAUGUGAGAAUCACUAACUUUGCUCCAGAGGUUAUUCGAAAACCUCUGUGUUGCGCGCCAACCAAGUACUCUCCUCUUCCAAUAAUGUUUUACGAUAAAUAUGGCAACGCUGUAAUCAAGGUUUAUGAAAAUAUGAUCAUUUCAGCUUGUGGUUGCAGGUGAACAAUUUGUAACUCAAAAACAAACUUUAUUAAGAAGCAAACAAACAAAAGACAAUGUUUUGAAAUUUAAAAUACUGUAACAAAAGAACCUUUCUAUUAAACAAUCAUUGAAAGCAAA